AUGACCCAGUUCUUAGGCGAUGUGACCGCUUCCGUCCUCGCCCCCCAGCUCCACUCCUGCCGCUCCUCACCGCUCCAAGCACGUUCCCACACCGGGAUCUCUGCACCUGUACCUGCCGUCCUCUCCACCACCGCUCCAAGCACGUUCCCACAGCAGGAUCUUUGCACCUGUACCUGCCGUCCUCUCCACCACCGCUCCAAUCAUGUUCCCACACCGGGAUCUCUGCACCUGUACCUGCCGUCCUCUCCAUCACCGCUCCAAGCACGUUCCCACACCGGGAUCUUUGCAUCUGUACCUGCUGUCCUCUCCACCACCGCUCCACGCAUGUUCCCACACCGGGAUCUCUGCACCUGUACCUGCCGUCCUCUCCAUCACCGCUCCAAGCGUGUUCCCACACCGGGAUCUCUGCACCUGUACCUGCCGUCCUCUCCACCACCGCUCCAAUCAUGUUCCCACACCGGGAUCUCUGCACCUGUACCUGCCGUCCUCUCCACCACCGCUCCAAGCACGUUCCCACACCGGGAUCUCUGCACCUGUACCUGCCGUCCUCUCCAUCACCGCUCCAAGCACGUUCCCACACCGGGAUCUUUGCACCUGUACCUGCUGUCCUCUCCACCACCGCUCCACGCAUGUUCCCACACCGGGAUCUCUGCACCUGUACCUGCCGUCCUCUCCAUCACCGCUCCAAGCGUGUUCCCACACCGGGAUCUCUGCACCUGUACCUGCCGUCCUCUCCAUCACCGCUCCAAGCGUGUUCCCACACCGGGAUCUCUGCACCUGUACCUGCCGUCCUCUCCACCACCGCUCCAAGCACGUUCCCACACCGGGAUCUCUGCACCUGUACCUGCCGUCCUCUCCAUCACCGCUCCACGCAUGUUCCCACAGCGGGAUCUCUGCACCUGUACCUGCUGUCAUUAUUAAGAAGGUAGCCGACCCAUCUUAAAUGCAGCAUAACUUCACAUUGUUUUACCAAUGAACACAAAUUUCUGGGUUCUUUUGCGUGACGGAAUCAAGACUUCAGAAAUAUUAGAAAUGACAAAUAUAGAUGGCAAGAGCCAAUUUGUCAGUUAUGAAAUUCAACCAAAUCUUAUUUUAGAGAAUGCCAAGACAUCUACUCUGUUACUUAGUAAAGUUGAUUUACUCUGGGAUGAACAUCUCCUUCUCUUGUAAUUUGUUUGGCAUGUAUCAGUGGAAUACUUCCAGAACCAAAGUAUGGCUUUUGGAGGUAAGGUUUCUCUUGAUGACAAUGCAUUUGACUACUAAAAUACUGUAAUGAGAACUAUAAAACUGGAGCAUGUACAUUUCUUAAUUUUUUGUAUUCCACAGGAUAAAGUCUACUUGCUUUUUACCAAAAUGGGUGUAGAAAACCUGACAAUAUCGAAUGCACAGAUGCCACACAUGCUUUUCCCUACUUAUCCUACAAGAUUCCAGUAUUUAAAUUUUGCUAACAAUAUCUUAACAGAUGAGCUGUUUAAAAGAACUAUCCAAUUGCCUCAUUGGAAAACUCUCAUUUUGAAGGGCAAUGGACUGGAGACACUUUCCUUAGUGAGUGGCUUUGCUAGCAAUACACCCUUGAAGCACUUGUAUCUGAGCCAAAAUCUAUUACAACAUAAAAAUGAUGAAAAUUUCUCAUGGCCAGAAACCCUGGACAUCAUGAACCUGUCAUCCAAUAAACCUGAUUCUGUUUUUAGGUGCUUGCCCAGAAAUAUUCAAAUACUUGACCUAAAUAAUAAUGAAAUUCAAACUGUCCAAGAGACUAUUCAUCUGAAGUCCUUACAAGAUCUAAAUAUUGCAUUCAAUUUUCUAACUGAUCUCCCUGGGUGCAUCUCCCUGAGUCAUUUCAGUAGACUCUCAAUUCUGAAUAUUGAAAUGAACUUAAUUCUCAGCCCAUCCCUGGAUUUUUUUCAGAGCUGCCAGGAAGUUAAGACUCUAAAUGCAGGAAAAAAUCCAUUCUGGUGAACCUGUGAAUUAAGAAAUUUCAUUCAGCUUGAAAAAUAUUCAAAGGGCAUGAUGGUUGGAUAGUCAGAUUUAUACAUCUGUGAAUACCCUUUAAAUCUAAAGGGGAUUAAGUUAAAGGAAGUUCAUCUUCCUGAAUUAUCUUGUAACACAGCUGUGUUGAUUGUCACCAUCGUGGUUAUUAUGCUUGUUCUGGGGACAGCUGUGGCCUUCUGCUGUCUCCAUUUUGACCUGCCCUGGUAUCUUAGGAUGGUUGGUCAGCGGACACAAAUAUGGCGCAGGGUUAGGAAGACAGCCCGAGAACAACUCAAGAGAAAUGUUCAAUUUCAUGCAUUUAUUAAAUACAGUGAACGUGAUUCUCUCUGGCUAAAGAAUGAAUUGAUCCCCAAUCUAGAGAAAGAGGAUGGCUCUGUCUUGAUUUGUCUUCCUGAGAGAAACUUUAACCCUGGCAAGAGCAUUGGUGAAAAUAUCAUAAGCUUCACUGAGAAAAGCUGUAAGUCCAUCUUUGUUUUGUCUCCCCACUUCGUCCAGAGUGAGUGGUGCCAUUAUGAACUUGCCCACCACAACUUCUUCCAUGAAAAUUCUGAUCAUAUAACGCUUAUCUUACUGGAACCCAUUCCAUCCUACUGCAUUCCUGCCAGGUGUCACAGGCUGAAAGCUCUCAUGGAAGAGAAAGCAUACUUGGAAUGGCCCAAGGACAGGCAUAAAUGUGGGUUUUUUUGGUCAAACCUUAGAGCUGCUAUUAAUGUUAAUGUACCAGAUGCCAGGGAAAUGUAAUGAAUGUGUGAAUUACAGACCUUCACAGAGCUGAAUGAAGAGUCCAGAGGUUCUUCGGUCUCCCUGAUGACAACAGACUGCCUAUAAAACCCCACACCAUUAGGGAAAUUGUGGCCCACAUACACUGUUGGGCUAUAAAUUGAUACAACUUUUAUGACAGCAAUUUGGCAAUAUCUAUUAACAUAAAAAAAUGGUUAUUCCUUUCAUAUCAGUUCCUGGAAGGAGUUCUAAGAAUAUAUCCUACAGAAACACCUGCAUGGAUUUGCAAAGGUUUAUGUAAGAAGGUGUUCAACCCACUAUUGUUUAUAACCGUGAAAAAUCGAAAACAUCCCAAAUGUUCACAAAAUAAGGAUUCAAUAAAUUGUAAUACAUUAAUGUAACAGAAUAUUACAUAGCCAUUAAAAAGAAUCAAGCAGUGGUAUAUUUACCGGUGUGGGAACAUUAUAUUAAUAUGUUAAUUUGUACAUUGAAAUAAAAGUCUAAAGGAAUCUGUAGCAACACAUGGAUGUAGUGACAGUGGUCGGGUCUGGGAGGUUUGGAUUACAGGGAGUGUUUGAUUUUCGUGUUAUAUAUUUCUAUAGUGUUUGAAUUGCUUAGAAUGAAUUUGUCUUUUGUAAGUAGAAAAAACAAUAAAGAUAAUUUUUAAAGCCUA